UGCAGGUUAAGAAUCAAUUAUGAAAUGAUAUUUAUAUAUAGAUUAUUAAUUUGAGUUAAAAUACAUGAAUACUUAUAAGCUGAUUAUAAGAGUUUUAAGUUAAGAAGAAAAAACAAAUGAUAACUCAUAAACAAGUGGAAUUGCUGGAGGUGGUGUAGUUGUAUUUGUUUUGGGAAUGAUAAUUUAUUGUAUAUGGAAAUGUUUUUAAAAAAAAAGAGAAGAUGAACAACAAGCUGAAGUUAUUCCAUCAAAUGAAUACUAAUUUUAAGAGUAAAAUAUAGAAUUUGAAGCAAGAACUUAAGCAGGUAGAAUAAUAGAUGAGAUGAAAACUUCAAAAUGUAAUAAUUAUAUUAAAUUUAGAAAAACUUUACUUAGAAAACAAAGAAUUAGAAGAUUGCCCAAUUUGUCUAAUGCCUAUAUCUCCUGCUUUACUAAUAUCUACUUCUUGCAAUCAUCAAUUCCAUAAAGCAUGCUUAACUUAAUGGCUAGAAGUCAAUGACAUGUGCCCUACUUGUAGAACAAAAGUUUCUAAAUGAACUACAAUGAAAAAAUAUUAAAUGAU